GAGGGAGAGAGAGAGAGAGGAGCCAUCCCGGCCCGUCUCUGUGUGUGUCUUUAUACGUGUCCCCGGGUCUCUCCGUUCCCGCCUCGCCCCUCCCGCCGCCGCCGCGCUCCCCGCUCCCAGGGCAGCCGCCAGAGGAAGAAGAAGAAGAAGAAAAAGAUGGCGGACGAUCCGACCGCGGCCGACAGGAACGUGGAGAUCUGGAAAAUCAAAAAACUCAUCAAGAGCCUGGAAGCCGCCCGAGGGAAUGGAACCAGUAUGAUUUCGCUCAUCAUUCCUCCCAAAGACCAGAUCUCAAGAGUUGCCAAGAUGUUGGCAGAUGAGUUUGGUACAGCAUCAAACAUCAAAUCUCGAGUGAACCGCCUGUCUGUGCUGGGGGCCAUUACAUCUGUACAGCAGCGUCUUAAACUAUACAAUAAAGUACCUCCUAAUGGUCUCGUUGUCUACUGUGGAACAAUUGUAACUGAAGAGGGCAAAGAAAAGAAAGUUAACAUAGAUUUUGAGCCCUUUAAACCUAUAAACACAUCACUAUAUCUCUGUGACAACAAAUUUCAUACAGAGGCUUUGACUGCUCUCUUGUCGGAUGACAGCAAGUUUGGAUUCAUUGUUAUCGAUGGCAGUGGUGCACUGUUCGGCACUCUCCAGGGAAACACGCGAGAAGUACUGCACAAGUUCACAGUGGAUCUUCCAAAGAAGCACGGCAGAGGAGGACAAUCUGCAUUGCGUUUUGCUCGUCUGAGAAUGGAGAAGAGGCACAACUACGUGCGGAAAGUGGCGGAGACAGCCGUGCAGCUUUUCAUCAGCAGCGAUAAGGUGAACGUUGCCGGCUUGGUUCUGGCCGGAUCAGCUGACUUCAAAACUGAGCUCAGUCAGUCUGACAUGUUUGACCCGAGGUUGCAGAGCAAAGUGCUGAAAUUGGUGGAUAUCUCAUACGGGGGAGAAAAUGGUUUCAAUCAAGCAAUCGAGCUUUCAGCAGAAGUCUUGUCAAGUGUCAAGUUCAUACAGGAAAAGAAACUAAUAGGACGAUACUUUGAUGAAAUCAGCCAGGACACGGGAAAGUACUGUUUUGGAGUAGAAGAUACGCUGAAAGCACUGGAGAUGGGGGCAGUAGAGAUUCUGAUUGUUUAUGAAAAUCUGGAUAUAAUGCGAUAUGUUCUGCGCUGUCAUGGCACAGAGGAAGAGAAAAUCCUGUAUCUAACACCUGAGCAGGAGAAGGAUAAAUCCCACUUCACAGACAAAGAGACUGGGCAAGAGCACGAGAUGGUGGAAAGUAUGCCUCUCCUGGAAUGGUUUGCCAAUAACUACAAAAAAUUUGGAGCUACGCUGGAAAUUGUCACAGACAAGUCACAAGAAGGAUCUCAGUUUGUGAAGGGCUUUGGUGGCAUUGGUGGUAUCUUACGAUAUCGGGUGGACUUUCAAGGUAUGGAAUACCAAGGAGAUGAAGAAGACUUUUUUGACCUAGACGACUACUAGGUAGACGGGACUAGGUCCGGCUACAUGUGCCUAGCCCUCCCACAUCCAACCCAAGGAGAGAAAAACACAAUGGAAAAAAAAUCCCUGCCUUAGAACAGACAUUUCCAGAACUUGAUAUUCUAAAUACAUUGGAGAUGGUGAAUAAAAAAUAACACACUUUGAUUUGUCAUUGUGUCAGUGCAACAGCAACACCCAACUCUGUUCCCAAUGCCAGAUUGGACUAAUAUUUUGAGAAAUUUUCAUUUUUAUUUUUACUUAAAAAUAUGGGACUUUUGUUGCUGUUGUAUUUUAUGAAAAUGAGAUUUUUUACCUCCAUAUGUAGAGGCAAAUAAUAAAAAGGAAUGCUAUCAAACUUCAUUUCUGCAAGCUGAUGAAUAUGAGCAGCCCCCGAUUUUCAUCCGGAGACCUCCAGUUUCUACUGUAAUAAAUAGAGGAGAUAAAUUUGAGCAACUACUGCAGUGUAUGACCCCAUUUACAUGGGCAACUUGAGCUGUGGCUGUAUUUGAGAAAUAAAUAUAGCCUUAGUCAUACAUGUAAAGUUAGUGACUUUUUAAUAAGCAAGGGGUGGGAGUUUUUAAGCCUUUUUCACCUUCUGAGGAAAAAGGCUGCCUCUACAAUUUUUUUAAAUUAAAAAAGAGGUUUGAGCAGUACUUGUGCUGCCUCUGCAUGUCACCGGUACACUUAUUACAUUGUGUGCAGGAGAUAUCCAGUGGUGGUGUAAUUCCCCCACAAGUUUGGGUUAUACUUUCAACUAGACGCCUGAAUUCCCACUCUCGCUAGGCAUGCUAACCGGCCAGCACGAGUGUGAGCAAGUGAGUUCUAACCUUAGGACUUAGGAUGUCUUGAUUUGGCCCAACUUUGUUUGUUAACCAGGACCUGCUCCAUAUUGGGGUCAUAGUAAAAACUGAACCAGAGUUGGUACUACCCUUCAGACCGUGCUGCCAAAUGCAGCCUCUUGUCGACUAAAGGUUGACGUAUGUUUUGGGAAAAGUGCUGCAAAAUCCAACAAAGGUAUAACGCAGCAUUGAUCAAUCACUCUGUGUUGAGGUUUGGGUUUGUGUUGGGACAAAAUGUACUCCAUAUGCCCCACCCCCCGUUCUAUUCCCAACAAUCAGGGCGGGUAGUAGAUUGUUGGGCUGUUUAUAAGUGCUGAUAUGAAAGUAGAAUUUUUUUUAAAACAAAUCAAAGUACAUAUGACUUGAAGGGGAAUAUUAAAACUGCAGGGAGAUUUCAAUGCUAAGUACAAAGACUGAAAAGUGAAUCUGGCAUUCCUGACAGUUGGGAAUGUGUUGGUGCAAGGGGAGGAAGUGUCCAUAUGAACAGAAAGCCUGGCAAUUAGGUUUUACUGGAACAGUUGCUUAAUAGUACAACUGUAGAUGGACAACUGUAGUACAAGAUCACUGAUGUGGACAGAUGAGCAACUUUCCGUUGAUCACCCAUAUAUCUCCAUAAGGCCGUUGAAAGUGGAGUGGAACUCCUUUCUUAAUUGGGGGCUUUUGCCAAAUGAAUGUAAACUGAUGCUGCAUGUACAGGGGCAUAUCGUCUGAUGUAACUGCUCGCCUCUUGCACUACUGCACCUGCGUUGGAAUUGAACCCAUUUCUACUAACCUGCAGAGCGAGAUAUUUUAGGCAAGAAACUGAUUGAUGUUAGCAUGGUGAUUGAUGAUACAAAGUGAUGGUAUUAUUUUACCUAGGCAGGGUGACUGUUGGGGGUCUGACAACGGACGCCUCCCUCAAUGGAACCUGAUUUUGUUCCAGAUUGUGCAGCACAGUUAAUUGACAGUAAAUCCCUCCCUCCCCUGGCUAACUGGACUAAUCGGGGGGAGAUCCAGUCUGGUUACCUGGAUUUUCCAGCUAAGUGUUAAUCCUAAUAUAUAAAAUAAGUAACAAUAAAUCCUUCCUAACAUUUAAAAUGGAUCAAAUUAAUUUUAAAUGAAAUAGAAAAACCAAAAUAUUGUAUAGUUCUGUACUCGCCACUGAUGCGAUGCAGCUGUGUUGAUGCCCUCGGCAAAAGUUUCAAGCUGGGGGCAUCUUGUGGGCUGGCGGGUGUUUGGAAUUAGUGGGGGUGGAUUUUUGGCUGAAUCUUCCGGCCUGCCUAAUUUGGAAUUCGGGAUACUUGGGAGUCUGGUUAGCUGGGGGGUUACUGUAACUAGCACAAUGUAGAAUUGGUCACCUCUUUCCCACGCUUGUGGGAUGUAUGUAUGUCCUACUCCUAUGUACACCAUUCAUCACGUUUCACUCCUCUUCCAUAGCAUGAUUGCCUUUUGCAUGGUUUCUGAAGUCCAUUUCACAUAAUUUGGAUGUAUAUUUUAUUUAAUACAGUGUUAUACACUGUAGAAAGUUGUCAAUUCAAUCCCCAAUUGUGUUUCUGUUUACCACUGAGAUGCUUUAACUCUUUGAGUCCUGAAUCUGAUUACAGCUUUUUGAGAUGCACUUUUUGGCCAUACCAUCUGGAAAUGCUUUUCUGCGACUAUCUAACUGCUCAAUAUUGUAAAGUAGAAUUUGGGAAAUGUAAAGAAUAUUUACAGUCUUCACAAAUAAGGAUUGCAAAUCUUUUUGUAUUUGCCUUUAAGGUUUUUAGUACUCGAAGGAUUAGAGCAGAACGUUUUUCCUCCUCCCACCCCCCCCACUCCCUCUCUUCCCCCCACCCCCGACCACCCUAUUGAUUUCCUUGAAGGAUAGGCUAUGCCCUUGCGUUCUCCAAACCCAGCCUUAUCCAAAAGAUAACUGGCGCGGACCAUGCUUUCAACACUGCAUUGCUCAAUCUGUGUAAAUGGGGCCAUUUUGAUACAUAGACCAGACGAAUAUAUAUUUACAUUUUCAGAUAGCCCACUGCUUGGAAUAAGAAGUAUGCAUUGCAAUGAGUGCAGCUCCUUUUGUAGUUUUAAUGUUUACUAUUUAAGUUUGGAAAUGAUGCCAAAAUGUUUUGUAUUUCUUUGACCAAUGUAUUCUCCGAAAUGGAACUGAUGUGAAUUCAGAAAGGGGGUAGAUCUCAGCUUUCAUGCACUACAGCCUCUGCAGAAAGAUCCCAAGCAGCGUUACUUGGUGUUGUGAUGUACAGACAUGGAGAAGAGUAUUAAAAACCAUAUUUAAGAAUAAAA